AUGCCUGUACCACUACUGCAGCUAUUGUCACUACUACUUCUACUACUACUGCUACUACUACUGCUACUACUACUACUACUGCUACUGCUACUGCUCCUGCUACUGCUACUGCUACUGCUACUACCACUACUACCACUACUACCACUACUACUACUACUACUACGACGACGACUACUGCUACUACUACUACUACUACUACUGCUACUACUGCUACUACUGCUACUAUUGCUACUACUGCUACUGCUACUGCUACUGCUACUGCUACUGCUACUGCUACUGCUACUGCCACUGCCACUGCUACUGCUACUGCUACUGCUACUGCUACUGCUACUGCUACUGCUACUGCUACUGCUACUGCUACUGCUACUGCUACUACUGCUGCUACUACUUCUACUGCUACUACUAAUAGUCUGCGCGAAACACACCCCCAAACAUACCCCGAAACACACUCUGAAACAUACCCUGAAACAUACCCGCGAAACAUACCCCGAUCCCAACACUCCUGGAAGGGCGCCCCCUAUUCGGACAGACCCAUAUGUAGUAAGCCACCUACUGAUUCUCUCGAAAAUAUGUCCGGCCUUGGCGCAGGUCUCCGCAGAGUACGACCUCUUCAACCAGGGGACGGCUGUGAGGUAUUUCGAGGACCUCUUCUACGAACCCCAGGAGGGCCAGAAGAAGCCGUCCCUGAACGCAACGCAGCUCGAAGAGGUGGAAGUGCUCCGCCAUCAGGCCUAUGCAAACCCAGUGCUGGCGCUGGCAGGGGCGCAGGUCCUCUACAUGUUCGGAUGGUUCCGGAGCACCGGAGAGCUCAUUUGGGAGAAUAUCCUCUCUUCUGCCGAGCUCUUUGAGCGUAGCAUCCACGUUAGCGACUGCAAGCCAGAGCACUCCUAUGAAGUCUGGCACGACAAUGCCUGCGACAUCCGCUGGACGCAUGCGAUCUUGCUGUACCACUGGCUGGCCCAGACGGAUACCACGUCGCAGCAGCAAGCUUAUCAGAAGAAGGCACAAGAGCUCCUGGAGGGCAUCAAGCGCGUGCAGAAGUACGAGCCAGUGUCCAGUGGUUGGACCUCACCAGGGCACGUGAACUUCAACUCCAUCAUCUUCGCUGGGAAGCCCUCGAGACCUAUCUGGGCGACGGCGGAGCUUCCAAUAGGCAAGUGGCUAGAGGAGCACCACCACAUCUUCAAAGCGGAGCUUCAGGCGAUCCUGAACGAGCCAGGAGAUGUGUAUGGUCAGCUUAUGAAGAUCGACCCCUCGCGGGAGCACCUGGCAACACCAGGGGGCUGGGACACUCUGCGCAUCGUCCGCUACCAUAAUUGGUUCGAGGUCUUCUGCCAGCUUGCGCCCAUGACUUGUGAGCUCAUUAAAACACGUCCGGAGAUCAACGAGUGCAAGUUCAUGAAUGUCAACUAUGUUCGCCUCAACCCGGGGACUCAUCUGAAGCCCCACUAUGGCAACGGGCCGCGGCUGUCGGCCCACCUGUCAGUCAUCGCUCCAGAGCCGAUGAAGGCAGGCUUGACCGUCGCGGACCAGAAGCGACUGUGGGUCGAGGGCGAAGCGAUCCUGUUUGACGACACCUACCCUCACAUGGUGAGCCACUGGGGCACACAACCCCGCUACGUGAUCCUUGUCUGGUUCUGCCAUCCCUGCGACGGCGGGAACGCACACAACCAGACCUGCCCGACUGUCUGA